AUUUUCCAUUCAUAUGGACAGGCUGUAAAGAUGUGUGGCAUCUUUUGUGCACUCGCAGCACUGCUGCUGGCUGCAGCAUGGGCAGACCACCAACACCACCAUGGCUGUGAUCACAGCCAUGAGGGAGAGCUGAGCUGCCACAAGCUGUCGUCUCCCAAUGCUGACUUUGCCUUUGCCCUCUACAAAAGUCUGAAUGCCCACACUGCUGCUGGAAAGAACAUCUUCUACUCGCCACUGGGCAUCUCCACCGCCCUGUCCAUGAUGUCUACAGGGGCCGGUGGUGAAACCCACAGUCAGCUGUUCUCCAGCUUGGGCUACAGCACCUUAAACCAGACUCAGGUCAAUGAAGCAUACGAGCAUCUUUUCCACAUGUAUGGACACAGCCAGGAGGAUCAGCGGCUGGAUGUUGGUAACGCUGUGGCCCUGCGCUCUGGCUUCACUCCUCUGGAGAAGUUCCUGAACGAUUGUGAUUGCGUUGUGUAGUUUACCAACAGGCAA